UUGAAAUAUGCUAUGACAAAUGUCAAGUAUAUAGAUUAAUAAAAAAAUUUUGUAAAGCAUGCAAACAAAGCAAAGUAUAUUCCCGGGUUACAUUUUGAAAUAGAAUAUUAAGAACAUUUUCAGUAUUUUUAAAUACUGGAUAGAAAAAUUGUUGAAAGAAUCGAAUUAAUAGUGUUUUGAAAAAAAUAAUUUUACGACCGCCGACUUGUUUCUUAAAGAAAACUCAAAAUGAGUUCAGGGCAAAAAUUUGGUCGAGGAGAUUAUAGGAGUGGUAAUGAUAUGCAGGCAAACUACGGAAACAAUUCUGGUUUUCGUAAGGGACCUAAUCAAAGUUAUGAUGGACAAAAUCCUGGUGAUUCAAGAAACUUUAACAAAGGUUUUGGUUCAGGUGGCUAUGGUAAUUCUGGUGGACAAAAAGGGAACUUUUAUAAUAAAGGUGGAAGAGGUGGUGGUGGAGGACAUGGAGGUGGUGGUGGAGGCGGCGGUGGCGGUGGUGGUAAUGAUAUGAUAAUUCAAGAUGAUACAAUUUUUGUUUCUGGAAUGGAUUCGGCGAUAACAGAAUCUGAUAUACAUAACCAUUUUGGAUCGAUUGGCAUCAUAAAAAAAGACAAGAAAACACUAAAACCGAAGAUUUGGUUGUAUAAGGAUAAAGAAACCGGUGUUUCUAAAGGUGAAGCGACCGUUACAUACGAUGAUGUAAAUGCUGCGCAAUCUGCUAUUCAGUGGUUUGACGGUAAGAAUUUUAGGGGUUCAACCAUAAAUGUAUCACUGGCACAACGUCAAAAUAAAUGGAAUCGUGGCGGCGGAAAUAGUCGUAAAGGAGGAGGCAAUUUUGGUAAUCGAGGAAAUAGUAGUGGUGGAGGUGGCGGUGGUGGUGUUGGAGGAAUGGGUGGAAUGGGCAGUAUGGGCAGUGGAGGUGGUGGUGGUCUUGGUGGUAGUAUGGGUGGUGGUGGCGCUGGUAUGGGUGGUGGGGGCGAUGAUUAUCCACCGAGAAACAAUGAUUAUCGGUCAUAUGAUCGCGGUCAUGAAGAUUCUUAUAGAGAUGAACGACCACCUUAUAAAGACGCUAACCAAGGAAAUCAAAGCGGUAAAAGCUCAUUACCACAAAGAGAAGGGGAUUGGAAGUGUAACGAUUGUAAAAAUACAAAUUUUGCUUGGAGAAAUGAAUGUAAUAGAUGCAAAAAUCCAAAACCAGAAGGGGCUCACAAUAGCUCAAAUGAUCAAUCAUCAAAUUACUCAAAUAACUUCCGUGGUAAUGGUGGUAGCGGUGGAGGUGGUGGCAAUAGUGGAGGAAGUGGAGGAGGUGGUGGAGGUGGUGGCGGCGGUGGAGGUGGAAGAGGAGGCGGAAGUAACUACAGCAAAAAUAGCGGCAGCUUUAAUAAAGGGAGAAAUUAUGGCCCAGAUAAACAGAAAGGUUUUGGAAAUUUCCGUUCAAAACCUUAUUAAAAAUGAAAGAAAAACUUAAUUAUAUUACUUUUUUUAAAUAUUAAUUUUAUAUUGAUUAAUAAUCAUUAAUAAAAUAUUAAGAAUUGUGUCCCAAAUUGACAUUCUGAACCAUAAGAAAAAUUAAUAUAAAAUAAAGCCAAGUAAAAACAAUAAAGUUUAUCGUUUAACGUAAUUAGGUAAAAGAACUAGUUGAUUUCACACACGUUUUAAAGAAAUAAAAAUUUUCAUUCAUUAUUGUUUUAUAAAUGCUUGAAUUUCACGAAAAAUUUUAAUUUUUUUAACUUUCAAAUGUUGCUCACAAUAUGCCGAUAAAUUAUAAAAAGAUAUGUGUAAGCAAAUUAAAUACAUAUGAAAUUCUAAAAUUUUAAAAUCUUGAUACAUUUCCAUAAAUUUAUUUUAUUUGCAUAUUGGUAGCUUCGUUUUUUUAUCUUUAAUAGAAAAAGUUAGCUUAAAGCUCAAAUAUUUUAUUUAAGACUGAAGCUAUUUUAAACUAAAUUAUAUUAUUUUACAUCAUUUUUAAACUUGGCUUGUUUAAAGAAGGAACAAUAAUGUUUAAAAUUAAAAAUUAUAAAAAAUUGUUCUGUAGGAAUAAAUUACCACAAAAAUUUCACAUGUUUAUUUGGCUUUCGAGAUUCUACAAUAAAUUUUUGAAUAGAUUGAA